GAUUCGCUUACCGCGCACUCGAGCCGCCUUUCCUUUUCGGGACAUCACCUCCUUGCAGAAAUCUCUCAUUUGCAUUCAAUGCCAAAAGAUCACAGAAAACGAACGGUGGUGCACAUGCCAUCUGCCAGGCUCCAGGGACACUCGGUUACUUCAACGGGGCUACCUGAGUCUAAACUGAAAAAGAAAGAUAAGCAGCAGUCGAAACACGAAACCUUUAUGCAACGCCUUGAACUAUCACAUCAGCCCUAUUCAAAAUCACACGCCAGGCGUCUAAAAAGAAAAGCCAAAGAGCAAGUUGCUAAUGGUAUGACAGAAAUUCAGGACGCUCUUCCUUCACUGGAUGAGGAUGAGACCAACAAUGAUGCGGCGAAGAACACAGACGAUCAACGUCCUCAAGAAAAGGCGCGAGGAGGUCAGAUAGGCAAAGGAAAGGGUCCAACCCUUACCAGUGCUCAGCGGAAACGGGCAUUGAAACUGGAGCAACUACGGCAUCCCCUCAUACUCACCAAUUCCAAAUUUGCCACGAACCCCUUCGAAACUAUCCGAACACACGCUCAAAAUACUCUGUUACAGCGUGCCGCGCCUUCUUGAUAUUGACCCUCGAUACAGCGCCAGGUUCAAUUCUACCUAUUCGGGGUUCAUACCUGCGCCCUACGCAUAGCUUUCUCAUCAUGGAUGCUGGGCAGGCCGAGGCGCAGAGGGUAUAUAGAUGUGCUUGUUCCAUACCGAUU